AUGACCGACGCAGCUGCCACGGCACUGUCCGAGGAGCAUGCGCGUAUCGAGCAGUACCAUGCCCGCUACCCGUCGUCGCUGUCGUUUGGUAACGUCGCCGACGAUCGGUCCUUCCGGACGAGAGUGGCCGAGCUGGACCUGGAGCACCUCCUUGACGACUGCUACCAGCUCGAGCGUGCGCUGCUGCCCGACAUGUCGCCGCUGGUGGUCCAGGCUGAUGUCUUGCGCAACGAGGUGGCGUGGGCUGGAAAGCGCCGAUAUGAGCUCGACGCAGACAUGCCUGCCCUGAUCGCAACUUUUCUCAAGCAGUACUCGCGCAUGCUGGAUGUCAAAGAGGCUCGGCAUCACGCGCGAUGGGCCAGCUUUGAUGUACCGGCCGACAAGCUCUCCGAGCUGAUGCCGGUCUUCCGGGCGCGGCUGGCGUCCAUUGCCAACGAGCGCCAGGCUGUUCUCGACAUGCUUGCGCGACUGGAGCCGCAGAUUGCGGCCCGCGAGCGUGCGCUGGGGCUCGGUGCAACGCCGGCCACGUCGACGAGCACGUCUAGGAGCCCGUCACGGAGCACUGGCGGCGGCGACGAAGCCGCGACGCCGCGAACGCCGGACCGGCCGACGCCGUCGCUUGAUGCGGCUGGAUCCAGCAGCUCGCCGGCCAAGGCUGGGCUGGCCACGCCGGGCGGAGCCGGAGCAGAGGCUGGCAGCGCGAGCGCAUCGGCUCGGGCGCCGCCGGUGGUGGUCGAAGAGGCGGAGCUGAUGAUGUACCUGCGGUGGCUCGUCCACCACAACCGCAUUUCAUCACGGAUUCAUCGCCUCCUCGCCAAGGCCACCUGGCUCACCCACUCGCAGCGGACGUCGAUGUUCGAGGACGCGCACGAGCUGCUGCGGACCUCGCGGCUUGCGGCCGUCAUCAAGCACACGUUUACCCUCUCAGAGACAGAGAGGCACGAGCAUCUGAUCAACGCCCAUAGCAUGCCGCUCAUGAUCACCCACCGGGCCCACAUGGACGCACAGCUCGCCGAGCUGCGUGACUUCUGGGAGCUCGACGUCAACCUUGAGGGCAUGGACGGUCACGAGUUCCUCUGGAUCGCCAACAAGAAGUUCCAGACGGUAUUUGUCCUCCAAGAGGUGGACGCCUACUUUCCAGCCUACGACGCGUCGGUCAAGUUUGCGCAGCUCCAUCUCGAGGAAAAGUUCUCGUUUGACAAGCUCGCAGUUCCGCAGCGAGUCGCGGACUCGCUCACCAUCGACGAGAACACCGUCCACGUCAAGACUGCCGACUGGCUCGACGAUGUGCCGUUCACCCCCACGCCCGAGCCGACGCAGCUCCAGCAGGCCGCGCGCAUCUUUGGCUCGGUCGACAUCCAUCCCGGGCUCCAGGCCGAAGCUGCCAACCUGGCCAUGGGCGACGUCGAGGAGACGGCCAAGCGACUGCGCCGGUUGAUGGAAGACCACACUCGGCGGGCGCUAGGGCUGUCCAUUGUUGAUGGGGGUGGCUCGUCGGGAGCCCGUGUCCGCUACGACAACACCGAGUACACCCUGCAGCCACCGACGCCGCCGCCACAGGGCGCGCUGGAUCAAGACUCGCACAACUUCCUUGCUCCGUCCAAGCUCCUCUCGUUCUACUACCUCCGGCACAUCCGCGCCCGCCAGCAGCGGCUGGAGCUCUUGCAUCUUCUCAACUACCUCCGGGCCGUCGAGCGGCGGCUUACCGUCGACGCACGCGCCAUGGCGAGCGAAAGGGUUGGGUCGGGAUCCGGGGCUGACGACGCGGCAGGCAUCGACUCGUUUGUCGUCCGCAACGCGUCCGGCGAGCACGUCUCGACGGGUGCGCUGCAUGUGAUGCCACCCAAUCUCGACGAACCGCCGACCCGGGCACACACCGGGCGGUGGGCCACACAUCUGCGUGUGCUCGACUCCUCGGGCGUGUACGUCAUGUACGAUGCCGCCUUAACCGACUUGUCCAAUAUCGAGGAGGAGUUGGUGGCGGUCGGCUCGCACUACAUGUCGCGCGACGCGGACGCUCGGUUCGAGGCCCAAAGCGGGCGACGCGGCGGCGGGCGUGCAGGAGCCGGUAGCGGAACCAACGCCGAGCACGGCGGGAGCGGGCCGGAAGAUGGCGCCGACAAGCUUGCGACUGUCGAUGCCCUCGCAGUCCUCGGCGAUCUAUACGAGUCGGAGCUGUGGUUCACCCAGGCCAAGGCCGAGCUGGUCAAUGCCUAUCUCCACAUCUACGAGUGCACGCCCGAUCCCGAGGGCGUGGCCAAGGUGGCGCAAGUCAUUGUGGACUUGCUCGCAAGUCGGCCGGACCUUGACAUGGAUGCCGAGUACUUUGCCGAGUCGUAUGCAGCCAGCAUUGUCAACGUCGAGCUUCACACCCGGCUCAUCUCGGAGAUGACCGACGCGCUCAUCCGCGACGAGCGGCAGUAUGUGGCGUUUGUGCACUCGGAGGCGAAUGCAGUCGGCACGUCGAUGCCGGGCUUCCCCGACGACGUCGCGGCGCGACAUGCAUACAUCCACGUGACGCCUACGACGCCGACAGCGCUGCACCCGUUCGAGUUUGUGCCGCAUCUCUACGAGCUGACCAGGCUGCCUGCACUCGCGGCACGCAUCCACAGCGUGCUCACCGAGUUUUACACCCAGCUAGCGCCCGGCUCUCACGUCAUUCUCAAGAAGCUUCUUGUCGAGUGGGCGCUGCUGGAAGAGGAGGAACGCGCACAUGACCAGCUCGACGACGCGCUGUCCAUGCUCGGCGGUACACUUUGCGACGAUGCGGCGCGGCUGGAGACGAUUGUGCGGUCUGUGUCGGCUGACGCGACAGCGCAGCAGGCCAAGGCCAUGGAGUCGCUCAGCAGUGGAGAGGCGGAUCGCAACAGGCUUGGCGGGCUGGGCUCGUCGACAAAGGACUUGCUGCGGCUGUCACGGGCGCGGCGGGCAGCUAACAAGUCGUCGAUGUUCUCCGUGGCAUCGCUGGUCCGGAAUGCGAUCGAGCUUGUCCGGCUGCGGGACGGACUGCUCGAGGCGCUGUACGAGACCGAGAUUCUGGCGACGCUAUACCGUAACCAGUCGCGGCUACUGGGGCAUGACCUCGACAAGAACGUGAUGAAGCAGUUUUCGUUCAAGACUGAUGCGAGCGAGACGGUUGAGUCGGACGCGGUCGAUCCGACCGAAGUUGUCUCGACAACGCUCGACUUGCAGAUGCAGCUGGCUGUGGGUGAGUUUGACACUUCUUUUGCAUCGUUUGACUUUAGCACGGUGGCCGGCAUCAAGCGGCUCAUUAACGAGGACGGCCUGGUUGCGCUCAGACGAGCGCUCCAAGUGCAGCUUGUGGAGAAGACGCUGCUGACGGCGGCAGUGCUGUCGAACCAGGCUGUUCUGGACCCGAUCAUUGGGGCGCACAUGCUGCGGCGGCAUGAGCUACUCGGUCGGCGGUUUGCGGUCAAGAUGAAGGAGAAGCUGGCGGCAACGGAAGACGCAGUCUCGCUGCUGGACCUCUCUGUGGCCGGCGGAGCGGCGGCAGCAGCAGCGCGGGUGGCCGACGCCGAGAAGCGGGAGGACCACGAGCUGAUCCGCACAAAGCAUCAGGAGUUGGCGAUGGUCUCGCAAGACUUUUUCUCAGUCCACAACGUCAAACUUCAGGCGCGCAAGACGGUGCUGGCGGCGUACCUCGAAAAAUACGGCUACAUUCUGCGGACGGCCAAGCCAGACGAUGUGCCGGACAAGCUGCGGCAGCUCAAGUCGGAGCUCAUAGCAUCAUACUCGUCGGAUGUGGUGCUCGCGGUGUAUCCUGUUCUGCUUCGGGCGCAAAUCAAGGACGUGGUCAGCCGGGUCCGUGCCACGGUCUCGUCGUGGUCAGGCAACCGCGACUAUGACGUGUUUACGCUCGGCACGCUCCAGGACGACAUCAACGCAGCAGCAAAGGCGUCUGCUCGCGGAGUUCAGCUAAUCGGGUGCGAGCAAACGCUGGCGUCGUUUGCCUCUAGCUCGAUGGACUUUAUGACCAACACCUUUGGCGCCGGCACCGAGGGCUCGCGCAACUUUGGCGGCUCGCUCUCGAUCCGGGACGCGAUUCCGUUCCUCUCGCCGUCGAUGGUGGCGUGUGGCGUGGGGACGGACGGCACCUCGCAGGACGCACUCGUGGGGAUGCCGACGUCGGGGACCGAGUCGGACCGCAAGUUUUUCACCGACGACGGCUCGGCGUUGGUCAACGUGUGGUACCUGCCGACGCCGCGUGGGGUGUCGUACCUACUCGCGCAUGCGCCUCAGGCUGUCGAGGUGGUUGGCCUCACGCGAGCGCUGCGGAUUUUCCAUGCUAUGGAGGGUUUGCUCGCGCUGCUCUCGUUUUACUCGCGGCUGGGCCUCUCGGACGCGCACUACAACGAUGCCAGCCUCGGGCACUCGACGGCGCUGGAAGAGCUUCACUCGCUGCGGACGCAGAUGACGCGGCUGUCGCAGCCGGACGACCCAGACGCGGUGUACCGGUUCUUCAAGGCGCAGCGGGCCAAGUGGUCGCUGCACUUUACGCUGGCGAUGCGCCGAGCGCUUGCGUCGUUCCUGGAGCGGGCAAACAUGGGACCGGUAGCGCGACUGCGGUGGUACUUGCCGCACGUGGAAGACGGGCAAGACGAGUGGAUCCCAAACGUUGCGGCCAAGGAUCUGGACCUGGUGUCAAUUCUGGAGCCGAGCGACGCGUCCAGCGCGCCGCAUGCGUCGGUGGUGGCAGCCGCGGCAGCUGCAGCCCUCGAGAACGGCGGGAGUGGGAGCGACUCGCAGGCGGCAUCGCUUUCUGCGUUCUCGUGUCUGGAGUCGACGCUGGCGCUUGUGCCUGACGCAGUGGAGAGCAUGGCGACGAGCCAACUUGUCUCUCUCGGUCCGCGGGCUGUGGUGCAGUCCGCGGUGCUCUCGGGUGUGUCGCUGGAGGCUGGCCUGGAGCCGAUGGUGCCCGCGGCGUAUCUCCGGUACGGACCGCUUGCAGGAACGGCGCACGGCUCGUCGCUGAGCAAGCUCGGGCAUGUGCUCGUAGGCCUUCACGAGGCUGAUCGGCGGUAUGUGCUGAAGGAGUUUGACUUGCUGCAGCACGAGCUCGACGACGCGCUGGCCUCGUCGCACAUCUACGUCACGUCGCAACCUGUGGAGGCUGUCUCGCUUCAACUUGUGUACUUGCGGAAGGGGACAGUAGUGACGAACCUCAAGUCUCAGUUCCUGCUUCUCGCGCUCGGACGCGGGCCGCUGGCGACGGCGGCCGAGUACGUUGAUCUCAAGGCGGCGUACCACUCGAUGAUUGUGCCCAAAGUGCUGCUCCUUGCGCGUGCGGCCGGACACUGGCUCCCGCAGCAUGACCUCGAGCUCGGGGCUGGCAUUGGUGAGGCCUCGCCAAGCAUGGAGGAGCUUGAGCAAGUUGUGCCUCGUAAGUUUCUUCUCGACGCGCAGCUGGACCUCCUUGUGGAGGCUCUGGAAGAAGUGCUCAUCCGCAAGCAGGCUGCCGAGCUCCGUGGUGUGCAGGCGACUCUGCAGGCAACGCUCGACGGCUCGUCGCGGUUUGCAACGUCAGAGGCGAGUGCGGCGCUGCUCUCGCACGAAAUUUCCGACUCGGACUACGGGACCAAGCUGGGGCUCGUGCGCGAGCUCAUGGACACGUUUACGCUGCAUGGCAGCCGUGUGGAGCCAAGUGGCAGCGGUGAUGCGGCGAGCAGCGGGGCGCAGAUCGAGGUGACCGAGUCGAGCAUUGUCAUUCCGACACGGGUGUUCCAGCAGGCGAUGGAUGAGUUUGCCGGCCGCGUGCACACAUGGGGCGCGGAGCGGAACGAGCGGCAGGCUGUGGCAGAGGCACAGUUUGUGGAGCAGCUGCGGCACCGACUGUAUGUGGCAGAGCAGGACAAGCGGCAUCUGGAGCUGCUGCGAGCUGAUGACGAGAAGAAGAUCAAGACGCGGGUGCAGGUGGAGGUUGCGGACAAAGGCUAUGAGCUCAUCCGUCAGAUCUCGCACAUUUACCGCGAGCUUGCGCGGUUCAAGGAGGCGAUGGAGGCGCAGGCUGUGCAAAUUCGCGACGAGGUCAAGCAAGAGUACGAUGACCUGGUGCACGACCUGUACACACAGUACAUCUCAACGCGAGCCAACUUUGAAGAGUACCGCAACUUUCUGUAUCAGGAGAUCCAGAACGAGCUACACGUGGUGAAGCAAGACUCGAUGAAGAAGCUGCUCAACAUCUCGCAGCUCCCAUCACAGGAGCGGAAGCGUGUGCAGCAGCUUGCGGACCUGGAGGAGGACAUGCACAAGCUCAAGACCGUAUCGACUAACCUGGAGAAGACGGUGCUGAAGCUCAAGACGAUGCACACGCUCAAGGAGAUUGCGCUGCGGCAGACGUUUGAGAAGAAGAUCCGCGACGAGCAGCGCGAGCGGGUGAAGAAGACAAAGAAGCUGUUUGAGAUCCGCGAGACGAUGGAGCAGGACAAGGAGAUGCUGACGCAGCUGUUGGCGACGACGCAGAACGCACUCUCGAACGCCGAGGCCGAGGUGGAGACGCUGCGUAAGAAUCUCGAGCUGCAGCAGCGGAACAAGAAGUCGCUUGUGCACUGGAAGGUGACCAAGUCGCACUUGCUCGACAGCUUGCAGGCCAAGGUCGACCGGUACGAGCGGUGGGGCAACAUCGAUGUGGACAAGCUACUGUUGGAGCUUGACCGCAAGGACGGCGAGCUCGUGGAGCUGCGUGACAAGGUUGCACGUAUGGAGCGUGUGGUGGAGCUUGACGGGCGGCGUCGUGCGCGUGCGUUGGGCAAGCUCAAGUCGCAGCUGGAGCUGGAGCGGUCGCUGAAGGAGCAGGCAUUUGAAGAGGUCGAGGGCCUGCGUGCACUGGCGAUGGACGCUAAUGCACAGGCGUCACUCCCGCUGGAGCGGGCGGCGUGGAAGCAAAAGUACGACGCGCUGCUGGAAGACGUGCAGGCUGUGCGACACGAGAACGAGGUGCUGCGGUCGACGCUCAACCAGCUUGCGGCGCUUCCGGGAGGGCUGACGCGGCCUGUGGCAUCACCGGGCUCGCCGUCGGGUGCCGCCGGCCCGUACGUAUCGCCAGACCAGUUGCGGCCACUCUCUGCUGCGUCGGACUCUGGGCAAGGCAGCAGUCGCGUGCCGCGGCGGCCGCCGUCAACGGCCUCUGGCGGGUCUCGGGCAAGCUCGCGGCCGGCGUCGCGGACGUCGUCGGCGGGCUCUGUGCCGCUGCGGAUGGCUGCGCCGCGGGGCAGUCAGCGGCGAUGAGAGGUUUACCUCCUAAAGGCAUGCGGGCACUCGGGCGCGUUGCGUCAGCCGCAAAGUAAACAUUACAUAACGC